UCUACUUUCUCUUUUAUCUGGUCCGAAUCUCUCACUAUCUUUCCCUGACACACUCUCUCUCUCCGACUAAGACGGACUGUGAUAGUUUUUUGGCGGGAAAAUGUCUGGAAAAGGAGCGAAAGGGCUGAUAAUGGGGAAACCCAGCGGCAAGGAGAAGGACAAGGACAAGAAGAAACCCAUUACUCGCUCUUCUCGUGCUGGUCUACAGUUUCCUGUGGGAAGAGUCCACAGGCUGCUGAAAGGAAGGUCAACUGCUCAUGGACGCGUUGGAGCAACCGCAGCGGUUUACGCAGCCGCCAUUUUGGAGUACCUAACCGCAGAAGUCUUGGAGCUGGCCGGUAACGCGAGCAAGGAUCUGAAAGUGAAGCGUAUCACACCUAGGCAUUUGCAGCUCGCUAUCCGUGGGGACGAAGAGCUCGAUACUCUCAUCAAAGGAACUAUUGCUGGUGGUGGAGUCAUUCCACACAUUCACAAGUCCCUCAUCAACAAAUCUGGCAAAGAAUAGCUUUGUCUCCAGAAAUUCCUCAUAAUCUCUCUGUCUCUCCGACCUUUUUCUUAAUUGUCGUGUAUGCUUAAGACUACUAGUAAAGGAACUCUAUUAGGAUUGUUUGUGUGUUAAGGACCUACCUGUGGCUUGUGGCUUGUUUCUCUCAUAUGAAAACAGCCGCUAAGAAAAAAAAAAUACAAAUCUAAACGGAGACUUGACUGAUUCAUAA